UCAUAUAUAAUAAUAUAUUAAUAGUGCAUGAUCGUCCUUUGCCAAUAUGUUGGAGAAACGGUAGAUUACAUUAUUAUGAUGCAGCUCCAUACGCAUCACAACGACUCGCGGGUUUCUUCUGAAGACCGUGUGUGUCAAUAAACACCCUCUUGCGUCUAGAUGAGGCUCUUGAUAUCGAAUCGAGAGAAGUCUGUCACUACUAUCGACAAUGCCAAACAUGCUGGAAACAUUUGACUGUGCAAUUCGGCUGAUUACGAUUGAAGAGUCAGCUAGAAAUUCCCAAGCCUUAAAGGCACUCGCCGAACGGAUGCCGUUCAAGGACCUUGAUCAUCUACUUGCAUCUCAGACGGGGCAACCCACAAGUCUAGAAGAUCGUCGCGUUUACGAUGCGCGUUACACGGAUUCCCAAUUUGCUUCCAAGUUCUCGCCCUUGGACGCGUUACAUUAUUAUCAGUCCAUCAUAAGGAGAAUCGACCGGUCGGGUGUUUUGGACAAUCACGUCUCUCAUCGAACGCGACAACUCCGGCUCGGAUAUGCGCUUUAUCUCGUGGGGAGGAUACGACAUACGAGUAUAUCGCUUCCGGAGAAGACUGGUUCUUGACUUCGUAUAAUAUUGGGAAACGGGUUUGUGGGUGGACUCAAUGAAGAUUCGUCUUUCGA